GCGGCCGGGCGGCGUCUAUAAGCACCGGGGCUGCGGGGCCGGGCGGCGCGCGGCGGUGCUGGGGGUGCGCGGGCUGGGCGCGGGUCGGGCGCCGCCGGCUCUCGGGUGCGCCGCAUGGAGUCGCCGGCUUCCGCGCGGGGGCCCGGCCCCGUCUCGGGCCCCGCCGGGCUCAUCAAGUCGCCCAAGCCCCUGAUGAAGAAGCAGGCGGUGAAGCGGCACCACCACAAGCACAACCUGCGCCACCGCUACGAGUUCCUGGAGACGCUGGGCAAAGGCACGUACGGGAAGGUGAAGAAGGCGCGGGAGAGCUCGGGCCGCCUGGUGGCCAUCAAGCUGAUCCGAAAAGACAAAAUCAAGGAUGAGCAGGAUCUGCUGCACAUCCGGCGGGAGAUCGAGAUCAUGUCGUCGCUCAACCACCCGCACAUCAUCGCCAUCCAUGAAGUGUUCGAGAACAGCAGCAAGAUCGUGAUCGUCAUGGAGUACGCCAGCCGCGGCGACCUGUACGACUACAUCAGCGAGAGGCAGCGGCUCAGCGAGCGCGACGCCCGCCACUUCUUCCGGCAGAUCGUGUCCGCCGUGCACUACUGCCACCAGAAUGGGAUUGUGCACCGGGACCUCAAGCUGGAGAACAUUCUCCUGGAUGCCAACGGAAACAUCAAGAUCGCCGAUUUCGGCCUCUCCAACCUCUUCCACCACGGCCAGUUCCUGCAGACAUUCUGCGGGAGCCCCCUGUACGCCUCGCCCGAGAUCGUCAAUGGGAAGCCCUACACGGGUCCCGAGGUGGACAGCUGGUCUCUGGGGGUGCUCCUCUACAUCCUGGUACACGGCACCAUGCCCUUUGACGGGCAGGACCACAAGAUGCUGAUGAGACAGAUCAGCAACGGGGCCUACCGGGAGCCGCCUAGACCCUCUGAUGCCUGUGGCCUGAUCCGGUGGCUGCUCAUGGUGAACCCCAGCCGCCGAGCCACGCUGGAGGACGUGGUCAGCCACUGGUGGGUCAACUGGGGCUACGCCACCCGCAUCGGGGAGCAGGAGGCCCUGCCGGAGACGGGGGCCCCGGGCGGCGACGCGGGCCGGGCGUCCGUGGCGGGCUGGCUGUGGCGCUCGUCGCGCCCGCUGCUGGAGAACGGGGCCAAGGUGCGCAGCUUCUUCCGGCAGCACGCGGGGGGCGCGGGCGUGGAGCGCCAGCACUCCCUCAAGAAGUCCCGCAAGGAGAACGACAUGGCGCAGCCCCUGCAGGAGCCCCCGGCCGCCCCGCACCCGCACCCGGGCAGGGGCAGCCUCAAGCAGCCCAAGGGCAUUCUCAAGAAGGCUGCGGCCCCCGCGGAGGCGGAGAAGAAGAAGGAGGAGGAGGAGGAGGAGGAGGAGAUGGAGGUGGCCCGGGGGGGCGCCAAGCCGAGCCCCAGCCAGGCCGCGCCCUCGGCCCCCAGGAAGGGCAUCCUGAGGAAGGCUCAGAAGCGGGAGUCCGGCUACUACUCCUCCCCCGAGCCCAGCGAGUCCGGGGAGCCCCUGGACGCAGGGGACGUGUUUGCCAGGGGGCCGUCUGUGGAGCAGAAGCCCCCCGCGGACGCGGGCCCCCGGCACCGCAAGGGCAUCCUCAAGCACAACGGCAAGUUCUCGCGCACGGCGCUGGACCUCACGGCGGCCCCCACCUCCGGCUCCUUAGACCAGCUGGCUUCAGUCCCCCCAGCCCCCCGGGCCGGCCGCCCCUCGGGGGCCGUGAGCGAGGAGAGCAUCCUGUCCUCCGAGUCCUUUGACCAGCUGGACCUGCCCGAGCGGCUCCCCGAGGCCCCGCUGCGGGGCUGCGUGUCCGUGGACGACCUGACGGGCCGGGAGCAGCCCGGCUCCGAGAGUCCCGGGGCCAGGCCACUGAGGCGCUGGCGGCGCGACCCGCUGGGGGACAGCUGCUUCUCCCUGAUGGACUGCCAGGAGGUGACGGAGGCCUACCGCCAGGCCCUGGGGGUCUGUGCGAAGCUCAGCUGAGAGGGGGCGCCGGCCCUGCCCAGAGAGCCCAGCACCGGCGCUGGACCCUAGGGGGUGUCCAGCCCUGGCUGACCCAGAAGAUAGAGGGAGGGGAAGAAGAGUGGAGACGCCGAGGGGAGGCCGGGGCCGGGCCCGCUGCCCGUUCUUGUCCUGGGGGGACCCGCUCUGUCCUCUCCCUUUGUCACAGCAGAAAGGACAGGCACGGAGCCUUCUUGCCAAGCGGGGAGGGGGACAAAGGCACCCCUUUCCCACUCUCACCAACACUGAGAGAGGGCCUGGCGCCCCCUCAAGGCUGGGGUUCGCUGGAAGGGGCUCAGAGCCCGUGGGAGAGCACAGCGCGACCCCUCAAAGGUCCUGCGCCCUUCUCCAACCUCCGGUCCCCGCGUGGGUUGCGGGAGAGCUGCUCUGCAUCGAGAAGACUUGAAAGGACUCAGGCUAAUAUUGGACCUCAUCUCCAGGGGGUCCCGGGACCCGGGGCCCCCCCGUCCUGCACCUCAGAUACUAGUUCUGGCCUCCAGGCCGCCCUGCUACUGAGAAUCAGUGUGUCCGUAUGUCUGUGUGUCUGGGCUUUCAGGACCCCAGAAUGUCUUUAUUUAUUUUCAGUGUCUCCGUUGUGUGUUUUUAUUUUUGUUUUUAAGUGACUCUUGCCGAUUGCAAUGUGAAUCCCUGGUUCCGGGGACAUCCACUCUGCCCUCAGUCUUGUGCACAGGCAAAAUACACAGUCUUGCGUGUUUUGGCAAUCAUGUCAAGCUCCUCGUGGAAGGGAGGGUCUUGAAUCCUCAUGGUCGUCGUCGUAGCGUCUUGGGGGAGGGGGCAUGUCUCUGGCCCCCUCACUGUGUGUCCUGAGUCUGUCUACCUACUGGACCCUCUUCCUCUGGGGCCAGAAAGCCCCACUCCAUUAAAGCAGAACAGUGAUCGGAAAACAGGCUCUGUCGGUGUGU